CUUCACAGCUUUCUCUUGUCUCUUCCCUGCCAAAGGGAUUCUAUCAAGGACUAUCCUCGACGCUACGAGUAGUUCAGUUAUCUCAUCCUUUCUUGUUUGCAGUAUUUUGUAGCGUAACAAUCAUGGCGACUCAAGCGGCCUUUUUCGGGCAACAACCGCCUCCGCCGAUCAAGAAGGCCAACACGGCCUCCAGUACUACGACCGAAUCUUCGAGCUCCAAGACGAAGAAUGGCAUCAAGACAAUCACUACAAAGUACGUGACGACAACAAGGGAAGCAACGUCUGCGCCUGAUCAAAAUACAAACACGAUCAACAAGGAGACGAGGCAAUACAACGAUGGAACCACAGAUGACAUCACGUUGACUCGCAAGGUUUUGGGUGGAAUGCAGUAUGAUAUCGAAACGAUUAUUCGAGUGCAAACCAAAGAUACGGGAAGCAAGAAAACCAAAACGACCUAUGCGACGCCGUAUCAGGAAUUGGAUCCUGUUACUGGAAAACCCAUCAACGCCUUUAACCGUGUCACUCAUACGGGAGCUGAGCAUGGCAAAACCCCGGAAGGAUUGGCAGAUCAAAUCGCGCAGAGAGCACCAGCUGUAUCCAAUCAAGCGCACAACGUGACACCUGUUACUACUGGACCUGGCGCACCACCAGCUCCUGCUGCUUCUACCACGGUAGGUUCUUCUGGAGCUGCAACUUCGUCGGCAUCUUAUUCUUCUGGUCCAGCCAGUAGUGGUGGCGGUGGUGGUUCCUCGGCAGUAGCUUCCAGCGGUGGAGGUACUUAUGGUGGUGGAGGAGGCGCCCCAGCUGCAUAUUCUGGUGCAGGAACUGGUGGUGGGGGUGCACCUGCAGCAGCCACUGGUGGUGGUGUUCCUGGGGGUACCGGUGCUCCUGGGGUAGCUUCUGGCGGCGGCGCUCCUUCUACAGCAACUGGUGGCGGUGCUCCUGGCACAGGAGGAGGCCAACCAGGAGCAACUACAACGACGACAACCACCACUGCUGGGGAUCCUGGCACUGAUGGAGCUCCCGGAAACACCACUGUCACCACUACGACUGUCGUGGAAGAACAAGGCGGAUGCUGUGUGAUCCUGUAGUGAAGAAUACGUGAAAGAGCGUGUGACUCACACGGCGUCUGUUUUGUGUCUCUCUGUUCCUGAUGUCAUUAUUGUGAUGUGCUGUUACAUUAAUCUAUUUGAUUUGUUUGGGUCGGUUGACCAGCCCAAAAAAGGUGUUGGAAGCUGGAUGAAGUGGAAGUAAAAAGAAGUGUUUUAACAUAUACAUGUAGAGGUCAACAACCAACUCAUUUCGGGGGGAGAAGGGUGUGGUUCAAUCACUUUUCAGCUGCAUUAUCCAUGCCGAUGACUAGCUAGUUUGUUUGUUGGUGAAAUAUACUAUUCGUUCUAAAAGAACACUUUCUAUGUAUGGGAUGGCGACUAGUAGAGGAGCUCGAGGUGCGGCUUGUACGGCAUGGUACAGUCGUACCAACAUUUGAUAGAGAAGCACAAAUAAAUAAGUUAUUCCAACCUUCAGCGGGAAGACAUGUGCAAAUCACUGGAGUGGCAUUCUCUAUUGUAGGGACAACUUUGCGUGCUGGUUUCAGCCUCAAAAUAAGACCCACAGCAACCACGAAGCUUCUACUUCUAGCUUCUACUUCUAAAGCUAGUAGACAGACAUUUGAAUGUAGCUGCUCUAUAAUUGAC